UUUAAUUAUUUCUUAUCCAACUUUCAAACAGAGUUGUUGACCUCCGUUUUCAAACUAUUAGUAUCUUAUUGAUUAAUUUGAAUUAUUUAAUUUGUUUAUUAUUAUUGGAGCUUUGGGAUGAAUUUUAAACGCGCAGCUGAUUGGCAGUAAUUGUCUCCUAUAUUCGUCAUUUGUAAAUCUGUUGUAAAUCUGUUCAGUCUGAAAAACAACACAAAAAAAAGUCGAAGGGGCGUAUCUUGACGUCAUCACGCAUCCGAACGGACCCGCCCAUAUGUGGGCGUGGCUUCCGGUGACUCCCACCGCCUCAAGAUGGCGUGUCUGCUGCGCGUGCUGCGGCGGCAGUCGGCGUUUGGCGCCUCGCGCAGUGAGCGGGACUCGGUGUUCAGGCUGGCGAACCGGGCCGUCCGGAACCACAGCACCCAGGCGGCUCCUCACUUCCCCGGCAUGGAGUACCAGGACGCCAUCUGCACCCUGAACACGCUGCAGAGCAACGCCAGCGUCCUGCAGCAGACCAGCAGGGGGCAGAGGGACCCCCAGCAGCAGCUGCUGGCCAUGCCGGGCUUCCUGGAGCGGGCCGGGCUCACGGUGGAGCAGCUGGAUCACCUCAACAUCAUCCACGUCACGGGGACCAAGGGCAAGGGAUCCACCUGCGCGUUCACGGAGCGGAUCCUCAGAACCUACGGCUUCCGGACCGGGUUCUACAGCUCGCCCCACCUGGUCCAGGUGAGGGAGAGGAUCCGCAUCGACGGCCGGCCGAUCGGCAACGAACUUUUCACCAAAUACUUCUGGCAGGUUUACGGACGGCUGGAUGAGACCAAGGAGGCCCACGGAGGGACGAUGCCGGCGUACUUCCGGUUCCUCACCAUCUUGGCGUUCCACGUCUUCCUCCAGGAGAAGGUGGACUUGGCCAUCAUCGAAGUCGGGAUCGGAGGAGCGUACGACUGCACCAACGUUGUCAGGAGGCCGUGGGUCUGUGGCAUCACCUCUCUGGGAAUCGACCACACCCAGAUUUUGGGCGACACCAUCGAGAAGAUCGCCUGGCAGAAAGCGGGAAUCUUCAAGCCGGGCGUUCCCGCAUUCACGGUCCGGCAGCCGCAGGAGGCCAUGACGGUUCUGAGGGACCGGGCCAGAGAGAUCCAGUGUCCGCUGCGGGUCUGUCCGGACCUGGACCGGUACCAGACGGAGUCCGGAGCGCUGCAGCUGGGCCUGGCGGGUCAGCAUCAGCGGUCCAACGCGUCGCUGGCCCUGCAGCUCUGCCACACCUGGCUGCAGCGGCGGUGUGGGCCAGAUCUAAGCCCCGCCCUCCCUGAUCCGGACACCAGCUGCGUGUUGCAGGCGGACUCUUUCCGGCCCGGCGCCACCAUGGUGAAAGGCCUGGCGGAGGCGCGUUGGGCCGGGCGGAACCAGACGCUGCGGCGCGGCGCGCUCACCUACUUCCUGGACGGAGCCCACACCCACCGCAGCAUGCAGGCCUGCGUCCAGUGGUUCCAGGAGGCCGCCGCCCAGUCCCAGAGCGGCGCCAGUGGAGCCGUGGUUCGGGUUCUGCUGUUCAACGCCACCGGGAGGAGGGACGCCGCCGCCAUGCUGAAGCUGCUGCUGGCGUGUCGCUUCGACUUGGCCGUGUUCUGCCCCAACAUCACCGAAACCGUCGCCUCCGGCAACGCAGACCAGCAGAACUUCAACGUCGCCGUGGAGACCAUGCUGACCUGUUGCCUGGACAACGAGCGGAGCUGGCGUCUCCUUAGCGACGGCGGAGACGAGUACCCGGCGCCGCUGCUGAUCCGGGACGGCCCGGCGCCGCUCGCCGAGAGGAAGGCGGACUCGCUGGUGUUCCCCUGCAUCCUCAGCGCCCUCUGCUGGAUCGCCCAGGGACGGGACCCGGUUCUGACCGACCCGGCUCAGACGGCGCCGCCCGUCACACCCAGCAUGGCCGCCAAGGCCGCGCUGCUUCAGGACGCCGCACACGUCCAGGUCCUGGUGACCGGCAGCCUGCACCUGGUGGGAGGCGUCCUCAAGCACCUGGACCCAGAGGACGGGUAGACUGGGAACGCUGGGGGUCAUCUGGGAACGCUGGGGGUCAUCUGGGAACGCUGGGCGGACUGGGACGGGUCGGUGCUGCUUUACUUCCAGGUGGAUUACCGGGUUCUGUCCCGGUUCUGAAGCUCCUCUCACCAGAUGGGUCGUCUUGUUGUUUUGGACUUUCUUUACUUUCCAGGUGGUUCUGAUCCAUGAUUGGCUGCUGGGUACCAUCAUGUCACAGCGGUCCAAACCCAGCCCAGUCUGCGUCUAAACCCAACAGAACCGAACCAGCCCGGACCCAGCUGACCUUCAGAACCAGAACCCGUCAGUUCAGUGUGAGGGCCCGGUUCUGAUCGGACCGGGUUUCUGAGCCUUACUUGAAGCUGAACUUGUUUACAUGAGCCCACUGGUCUCCGCUGGACGGGUCGGCGCUGCAGAACCAGAACCUCUGCCUUCAUGCUGUCGGUCUCUCUCUCUCUCCGUGUUCCUGUUUCGGUUCUGUGGGAAAGAUUUCAACGCUGCUGAUGAUGGUUCUGAUCCGGUUCAGAUCAGAUUUAAAUGAGUAUACUGACAUCUGCAGGCGGUGAGAGGAACUGCAGGCAGGAGCCAGGAUGUUGCUACUGAUGUAUUAAUUCCAUGAAUUUCUCUCUAAACUCCGACAUUCUGGGAGUCGGAUUACAAUGAAGAUGUCAGAAAAUGUUUAAAUUAUGCUUUUGAUGAUGGUGCCAUUAAAAAAAUAAUUAAAAUGUUUACAGUUUGAA